AAUGUUUUUUUUUAUUGUGCCUUAUAUACCGGCGACGAUCUACGAGAGGUUAAUUUACUAGUGCCUGCCCUAUACGAGUACCUUAUUAGAGUGCGUGUCAACUGUAGAUAAUCGGGAGAGUAACGCACUGGACAUAAUGGCUACAACAUUACAAUAUUGAAUAUCACACAUAAUACACGCAUUGUGUGUAAAUACUGGAGUUCCCGUGUUGCGCGUGGCAGUGCAGCAGACUGCAUUUUAACAAAACUACAGCAAACACACGUUACUAGUCACAAGACAACUUGUAUUCCGUCGGGGUGUAUCCGACAAUUUAUAUAAAUGCUGGUGUGCGAGCUGAUAGUGUUGUUACAAGUGGUGGUGACCGGACAGAAUGUCAUCCACCUGGCCCAGGGCAGGCUGCGCGGGGUCGCCAAGGAUGGAUACGUGUCCUACACUGGGAUACCUUAUGCAAGUAUUACAGGCACUCUGGGGAGAUUCAAGAGAGCAGGGAUUGCUCCGUUGUGGCCUGACAUCAGAAACUCCAGGUCCUCAACCUGUUCCUUGGUGUCGGAUGCGGAGCCCUGUCUGCAACUAGAUGUCCACGUACCGUCUGCGGGGGGCGGGAACUGGCCCGUGCUGGUGUGGGUGACGGGGGGCAGCGGCCCCUACAGCCCCGGCAGGAUGGUGCACGAGGGGAUCAUCGUGGUCAUUGUACAUCACAGGCUGGGGCCAUCGGGCUUUUUAUGUUUACGAGACGAGAAUAUUCCUGGUAACGCAGGAGUGAAAGACGCGGUGUUAGCAUUGCGAUGGGUGCGCGAUAACAUAGUUGCUUUCAAAGGAAACGCAGCCAAAGUCGUUGUAGCUGGGCAAAGCUUCGGCGCGGCCAUGGUGGAAGCCAUACUACUGUCGAAUAUGGCCCGUGGACUAUACCACGGUGCGAUACUGCAGAGCGGGAGUGCACUAUGCCCUUGGUCUUUCAACUAUGAUGCGGAGAAACGGGCCAUGGCUUUGGAUAAUGUGAGCGAAACGAAAAAUGAGUUAGUGAAAUCCUUACUGGAUACCGAAACUGAGGACUUGGUGGCGAGAGGCAACAAACUAAAUGUUCCUUAUUUCCCAUUCGGAAUGUGCGUCGAAAAGGCAUCAAAGAAAGAAGAGAGGCUGAUGUUCGAAGCGCCCCGCGAUAUACUGGCGAGGAAGAAGAAUGACACGGUGCCCAUGAUCAUUGGAUAUAAUAAUAACGAAGCCUACGUGUUCGUGUCCAUGCUGAGGGAGGCGAAUGUGUUGAGAAGAAUUUCCAAAUCUGUCACUUUUCUGUUACCAGACGAUUUAAAGUUUUUAAAUGAGAGAGAACGGAAACAAACUGGUAGACUUAUAAAGGAUAUGUAUUUCAAGAAUAAUUUGACAAUGGCUGCUGUGUUGGCGUAUCACAGGGACGCCUACUUCUCGAGCCACAUCCACCGCAGCGUGCGUCACCAUGCGGCUACUGCGUCUGUCUUCUACUACCAGUUCUCAUACUCCGGUGACUUUGGGGUUCAGGCAGAGCCUGGAGUGCCGAAGAGAGGUGCAGCGCAUUCAGAUGAACUGGCCUACUUGUUCUUUGAUGGAAAUCUUGAAAGAGAAGAAGGAACUGUGCAGAGGCGCGUCAUCAAACUAUGGACGAACUUUGUAAAACAUUUGAACCCGUCAGCCCAGAGCGAUGUAAAGUGGGAGCCUACACAGCCUGAUACAUACCGUCUACUGGACAUUGGCACCGAGCUGUCGAUGAUAGACUACCCUCAUUCGAAGACAUCGUACCUCUGGGAUGAGAUCUACGAGAAGUACUACUACACAAGGAACAGGAUUUCCAAUUAAAUAUAGUUGUACAUUGCGCAUUUUUAUUUAAAAAUGGAUU